AUGUCGGAUGUUAAAAUAGUCAAACCAAUUGCCAAAUAUGCAAAUGUUAAUGUUAAUAUUCCAAUAACAACACCUAUGAAACCUUUAGCGGUUGCUGGUACAACAUUAAAAGAAGGUUCAACAGUUUAUCUUCUUCAUCAAUUACCUUAUAAUUUUCUUCUAACGGAUUUUUAUGAUCAUAAUCAACACUAUAAUAAAAUUCCGAUUCAUGGUUGGAAUCAACAUUUAAUUGGACCAGGACUUUUUCAAGAAUGGAUAUUAACAAUAAAAAGUGCUCGUACUCCUGAUGAACAAAAUAUUGAAUUAUUUCAAUCAACAGAAAGCAAUCUAUUCGGUUUUCGAACUACUCGUUUAGUUGUUCCAGAUGAACCAUUACUUGCUUGGUUUAGUCUUCCACAAUUACGUACAAUAUGUGAAAAAAUUAAAUUAACAAAAAUAUUUAAAGUUGAAGAACUACUAAAAUCUACACGAUGUCCUCGAUGUAAAAUCGAACAAAAUUAUUUAAAUGUUUUAGUUGCUCAUGUUCUUCUUGAUCAAUGUCAUGAUCCAACACCAUCGAUGAAUAUUAAUUUUAACGAACGAUUAUUUGUUCGUACAUCUCCAACAAAAAAACGUUUGAUGGAAUUUCCAUCAAUAAAAAGAUCUUCUUCUCCUUCUCCUCGUCAUAAUCCUAUUAUUAUUGAUAAACACAAUGACGAGGAAAUUAAAGAAAAAGAUCAACAACAACCACAACAACAACUACCAUUUUCAUCCAAUGAUGUAUCAUCUUAUAAAAUGAGUGUACUUGAUGGUACACAUGCACUAGAAUUUACUUCAUUAGAUAAUGAUGGAAGACAACGUAAAGCACAUUUAUGUCUUUUCUGUGGCAAAGUUUAUAAUCGUAAAUAUGGUUUAAAAAUUCAUCUUCGUACACAUACAGGAUAUAAACCAUUACAAUGUCGAGUUUGUUUUCGACCAUUUAGUGAUCCAUCUAAUCUCAAUAAACAUAUACGUCUUCAUUCAACAACAGCAACAGCAUCAUCAUCAUCAACAACAACAACGACUUCUACGUCGAUUUUAUCAUCAUCAUUCAUAUCACAUAAACGUGCUUUUGAAGAGCAGGAGGAAUCAAAUAUGGACAGUGAUAAUUCAAAUUUAAAUACAUUAGAUGAUGAUUAA